CUGCAGCUCGGCGCACAUCUCCUCUCCUCACAGCGAUGUCUCUUCUCAGCUUCUGGUUUUCUGCUGCCGUCGUCUCGUCUCUCCUGAAUCUGGGCUGUUCGUCUGAACACGGCGGCGACGAAGGGUUCAAACUGUGCGUCACGUCCAAACAGAGAAUAGAAGACCUGUCUGGGCAGAACCUGACCGGCGUCCCCUCGCCCCUCCCCGGAGACCUGCAGUAUCUGGACCUGUCCUAUAACCUGCUGGGCCGGCUGGAGGGCGCGGCGUUCGCCGGGCUGUCCCGGCUCUGCUUCCUGAAGGUCACCCACUGCGGCCUGCGGCUCGUCUCCCCCGACGUCUUCAGUCACGUCCCCGCGCUCAAAGUCCUCAACGUGUCUCACAACCUGCUGUCCGCCAUCCCCGACAUGUCCCUGAAGGACCUGAGGAUUCUGGACCUGACCUAUAACCUGUACAGCACGUACCAGAUCCCCGCCUCCUUCCAGAGCCUGGGGAAGCUGGACUCUCUGCUGCUGGGCAGCAGCGCCGCCCACUCGCUCCGCCACAGCGACCUGGACCCGUUGAGCAACGCCUCCCUCUCGCGCCUCUUCCUGGGAGCGGGGGUUCACAUGCAGAACUACGAUUCUGGGGCUUUGGCUAAAAUCCGCUCCAUCCAGGAGUUUUCCCUGUUUGCACCUUUCUGUGGGAACUUUGAAGUGUUUGAGCGCCUCCUGGUGGACCUGAAUGUGACGGGAACCACGGCCCUGACCUUCAUCACGCUUUUCCCCGACAGCUGCGACCAGCACGACGACCCCUUCCGACCCCUGCCGGCCAUGCCCUCCGUCCAGAGCCUGACCAUCGUCAGCACCUGGCUCAACUCGUCCUUCAUGGAGGUCUUCCUGAAGAACGUGUGGCUGUCCAGCCUCUACCGGCUGUCCUUUGUCAACAUGACGUACAACGAGGACACGCCGGACGGGUUCCAGUUCCACACCCUGAACCACACCAUCAACCUGCACACGCUGUCCUUCAGCGGCAUCAACCACUACCAGUACCGCUACCCCACCUUCAACAUCAGCCUGGAGGCCGUCUCCGGCCUGACCAGCCUCACCUUGUCUGGGACCGGCAUGAACAUCCUGCCCUGCAGACUCAUAUCCGUCCUGCCGUCGCUGGAGACUCUCGAUCUGUCGGACAACCUGCUGUCGGAGACGGGUUUCUGGUGGCCCGGCUGCUCCCACACCGCUGCGUUUCCCAAACUGAGGCACUUGUCUUUGAGUAAAAACCGCUUCAUCAGUCUGUCCCUCAUCUGUGUCAACAUGAAGCUGAUGUCCACGGUGGAGUCUCUGGACCUCAGCUUCAACUCCCUGUCCCUGGACAAGCCCUGCUCCUGGCCGUCGCAGCUGAUCCAGCUCAGCCUGGCCAACAACAACCUGGGGAACAGGGUCUUCCAGUUCCUGUCGACGCACUUUGAGAGGCUCGACUUGUCCAAGACUGGAAUCACGUUCAUAAAGCGGGAGGACCUGGCUGGCUUUCUCAAACUCACCCACCUGGGACUCAGCUCCAACAGCCUGCAGGUCCUGCCCACUGACCUCAGACUGCCAGCUCUGCGCAGCCUCCACAUCGACCAGAACGCCAUCACCUCCAUCUUCAGCCAGGCCUUGGCAGGUUUUCCUCAACUCCAGACGCUCAAAGCAGGAAGAAACCCCUUCGUCUGCUCCUGCGACUCCUACUGGUUUGUCACCUUGUUCAACAAGUCUCACCUUCCGGACUGGCCUCUGGACUACACCUGCAGCACCCCGCCGCGCUACUCCAACCGCUCGCUGUCGGAGUACAGGACCAGCAGACUGUCCUGCGAGGCGGGGCUCCAGGCUGCGGUCUCGCUGCCGGUGAUCAUAGCUGUGUCGGCGGUCGUCGGUCUGGUCUUCCAUAAAUGCGAUGGAGUGUGGUACUCCAAGAUGUUGUGGGUGUGGAUCAGGAUGAAGAGGCGCGGCAGGAAACGCGCCAACCUGUUGAACAACAUGUCUUUCAAGUACCACGCUUUCAUCUCGUACAGUCACCAGGACUCGGACUGGGUGGACGACCAGCUGGUGCCGUCUCUGGAGAGGGCCGGCGUCUCGCUCUGCGUCCACGAGCGCGACUUCGUUCCCGGGGAGUGGAUCAUCGACAACAUCAUCAGCUGCGUGGAGUCCAGCUACAAGACUCUGUUCGUCCUCUCCAAGCACUUUGUGCAGAGCGAGUGGUGCAACUACGAGCUGUUCUUCGCCCACCACCGGGCCAUCAGCGUCCAGCGGGACUCGCUGGUCUUCCUGCUGCUGGAGCCCAUCCCCGCAGACUCCCUCCCCAGGAAGUUCCUGAGGCUGAAGAGCCUGCUGAGGGAGCAGACGUACCUGGAGUGGCCCGGCGAGCCGCGCAAGCAGCAGCUCUUCUGGGCCAGCCUGCGCUCCAUGCUGCACAUCGCAGACCGGGCGGUGCUGAGGGGCGUGGCCAGCGACCUUGCCGACACCCUCGCUGUGCUGGCGGAACAGCCAGAGGACGUCUCAGACACUGUCCCUCUGCUGACGGAGCAGCAGGCGGAGCUGUGGACAUGUCCAGACAUGUAGAGCAUGAUGGGACAGUUUGAAGUGGUCCUCCCUCUGCUCCACACCCUUCUUCUGUUGUCUGAAACUCUGAGAUCCAGCUGGAGACACAACAUAUGGAGAAGAUGUUCAACAUCUUCUACUUGGAACUGAAAAGAAGAAAAACUUGAAUUCAGGGUCAUGAUUUUCCACAGAGCCGACAGAUCCAGACCUGUUGGCUUCCAAACGCUGCUAAUUACAGGAGCCUGUCGUAUUCUCCCACAUCGCCUCAUUUCAUCUAAAACUGCCACGAGUGCAGCCCAUCAGAUUGUAACUGAUCUCUAAUCCAGACCAUAACGGAUCAUCUCCAACAGUUUUCCUCAUUGAUCACGGUCAAUAUGUUUACAUGAAGAGUGUUUUGUUAAAAGCCAGAAGAAAACAUGU